AUGGACCGUACUCCCUUCCCUGACGUGACAGGGCUUCGGCUCCGCGCGCCGCUGCGUGAUGCGUUCAUGCAGGACGCUCUUGGUGCGUUGGGACGUGCAUCGAUCACCCUCUCACCGUCCCUCUCUCUUGAUGCCCUAGCGCAGAAGUACGGAACAGACCGCUCGAUCCCCCUUCAAGCGGCGUGGGCUGUGAUCGUGUAUAUGUACCUUCGACACGAAUGCGACUACGCUGACAUCGACGUCGUUUCUCCGUCUUCGUCUCAUACCGUGCGUUUCGGUGCGUCGUUGUGCGACGCACACUCCCUCGCCCAUCUUCUUCGCCAUGUACAGGCCUGCGUACAUACGCCUACUCGCGGUGUCUGGGGACCUGUAUGCUUCUUCGACGCACUGAGCAUGCCAGCGCACGACGUCAAUGCGUGGCUCACUGCGCAUGUGAACGAACAUCCUACCAUCACAUUGGCCCUGGUGGCUCAUACGUCCGACACUGGCGAUACAUUGACACUUCUAGCCUCUCCUUCCAUUCAUGUGCAUGGCUCAGCCAUGACACAGCUGCAACAAGUCCUCGCCGUGCUGGACGCGAUCGUGCAUGACCGCGAUCCUAUGACGUUGCCCGUGUCGCUGCAAAGUCUCGCGAAUCCUCAUCCCACCGUGCUUACGAACGAUAUGCCUCAUGGACCUGCCCAUGAACGUCUGGAAGAUCAGUUUCGACGACGUGCACAGGACUUGCCUGAUACCGAGGCUUUGGUCUGUUGCGAGAGUCUGCAGCCUUUGCGCUUUACGUCAUGGACGUACCGGGAGCUGGAUCAACGCUCUGAUGCUAUUGCGCGCUUGUUGUGGUCCCUCGGGAUAGGAUAUGCUCAUCAUGAUGAUACCAACGACGAAAUCGUCGCAUUGUGCCUGGCAAAAUCGCAUGAGAUGUAUGCAGCCAUCCUCGGCAUCCUCAAGGCCGGCGCUACAUGGUGCCCGAUCGAUCCAGGAUGGCCCUCCUCACGGCAAGCAGCCUUGCUGACCAAGUCUGAGGCUCGUGUUGUGCUCACAUGCGGUGCAGAGGCGGCAGCCGUCGAAGCUAUCUGUCCCGCCUCAAUUCGUAUCGCACGUCUGGAUGCGCCUAUGCCUACCUGCGCUCCGCCACGUCGUUCACCGCAACGAGCCUCGCCGCAGCAUUUGGCCUACAAAAUCUGGACAAGUGGCACCACAGGCCUGCCGAAAGCCGUGGGCAUCGAACAUACGGCCGCUGUACAAGGCAUGCGGGCCCUGCAACACGCCGUGCCGACCGUGAUCGAGCCGCUCUUGCCAGGCUCCCUUCGGUAUCUGCAGUUUGCCGCGUACGUCUUUGACUUGUCGAUCUUCGAUAUCUUUUACGCAUGGGGCCAUGGCGGUACCGUGUGUUUUGCGCCAUUAGACUUGCUGCUUACACGCCUCAUUGACGUGUCGAAUGCAUUGCAAGUCACGCAUACUUUGUUUACGCCGGCCGUCUCAGCUAUGGUCCCGCGUGACGCUAUUCCGUCCAUGCGCCUGGUAAUCAAUGGCGGUGAGAAGCUCUCGCAGGUUGUGGCCGACAAUUGGACACGAGACUGCCGUCUUGUGAAUAUUUACGGCCCUGCCGAGGCGACUCUGUCUCUUACGAUGCGAGAGCUACCUCCCAACGAUCAGGUUAAAUCUCACAAUAUCGGCGUCGCUUUUGAUGAUGCGUUGUGCGUCAUCAUGGAUGAGCAUUACAACAUUGUGCCUCGCGGGGCGAUUGGCGAAUUGCUGCUAGGCGGUCCUCAGCUGGCGCGCGGAUACAUUGGCGAUCCAGCGAAGACCGCCGAGAAGUUCGUGAUGCACCCCACCCUCGGCCGCUUGUACCAUACGGGCGACUUGGCACGGCAAUUGUGGGAUGGUCAGUUUGAGUACUUGGGCCGCAACGACGAUCAAGUAAAGAUCAACGGUGUGCGCAUUGAGCUGCUGGAAAUCAAUGCGGCUGUCAAGUCUGUCUCGGAUCAAGUAUGGGAUGCCGAUACCGUGGCGAUGCCGGCACCACAGCCUGAUGAACCUCCCCGCAUCGUGGCCUUCGCCGUCGCGCCGCUCGACAAUGUCCCGCUUGUGCGUGAAGACGAAGACGCCGUAGCACUAGCACGUACGCUGCGUACAGGCACACAGGCCUUGUUGCCUUCGUACAUGGUCCCCUUCCAUUUUGUUAUCUUGUCCUCGUUUCCACGUACGUCCAGCGCGAAAAUUGAUCGACGCGCUGUCAAAGCAGCGUACGAUGCCUUGGAUCUGAGGGCGUGGGAGGCCAAACUCGCACAGGAUCCACAGGACAGCACAUCAGCCAACACCGCAGAUAUCCUAUCUCAUCCUCUAGCCAAAGCCGUGCAGGCGCAUCUUGUAUCACUAUGCCACGUCGCUCCGGAAGAAAUCGCGCCCAGGGUCUCAUUGCCGAUGCUCGGCCUCAAUUCCGUACGGGCUAUGGCCAUGUCGGCGGCUCUUGUCGAGGACGGCUGGCCUAUUAGUGCGGCCGAUCUGAUGCAGUACGAUACACUGGCUAAGCUCGUCGAGCAGUACACGACAACCGACAAGGUCGAUCGGUCUGCCCACUGGCACGAUGUAUGUGCCUCGUUGGCCUCCACGUACGCAGAUCAGGUCCGUACGACGAUCCAGGACACUGUUUCGAUAUGGCCCACCACGUCGCUGCAACAAGGCAUGCUACUAGAAACAGACAUGGACGCCACUCAGUAUUGGCUCUAUCGCCACUUGCGCACCCAUGCACCCAUCACCCUCGAUCAACUUCAAGCGGCGUUGCAGCAUGUCGCGUGCGAAUUUGAUUGCCUGCGUCUAGGCUUCGUGCCUGUCACCUCCACCUCCACAUCACCGUACGCACCGACCUAUGUCACUGUGGUGCACGCCGAGCCGCGUGUGCAAGUCGUCCCCCUUCAUGGCGAUCUUGUGCCUGCACUUCGGGCUCAUACGCCACCUGCUGCCAAUGGUCGACCUCCAUGGUGGGUAGCAUGGCUGGAAGACGGAUCCUUCGUUUGGGCCUUGCAUCAUGCCUUGUACGAUGCACCUACAUUGUACAUGUUGUUGCAGCGUCUCGAUACGGUAUUGACAUUAUCAUGUACGAUUCAUGUGCGCGGGUCAUGGCAAGAGGCACUUCAAGACUUCAUACCCACCACUAAAGAGGAGGCUGCGUCCAUGCAAGCUUGGUCAGAGCUUUUGCAAGCCUUUCCGCAGGAGCGUGUCCCCUUCCCUCGACUCCUUGAAGCCAAGGCCACAGAGCAUGGGCUGACUAGCACAGCGCGUCGCGCUUCGAUGCCAUGGGAUGCAUGGGAAGCUCUAGCGCAAUCCCUCGGAACCGCCGUGCGCCCUCUGGUACAUGCUGUAUGGGCACGCAUUUUGUGUGCGUACCUGCAUACAGACGCCGUGUUACUGGGCGACGUAAGUGCGCUUCGUGGACUGGCUAUUGACGUUGGUGGACCCAGCCUGGCUACCAUUCCCACGCCCGUGGUGUUCCAGAGCACCAUGUCCAUGGCCGACAUGGUCCAAAGUCUGCAUCAAACACAGGUCCAAAUGCAGUCGCAUGCUUCCAUCCCGCUGUCAUAUAUACGCACAUGUCUUUCGUGUGCAUACAAUGAGCCACUUUUCGACAGUGUAGUGGUGCUUGAAAUGGCGGACGACCCUGCGGAAGAACGAGUGGUAGCAUGGCAACAUGCCACAGAUGUGGGGUUGUGUGUCGAGCACGCCACGGCGCUGGAAGUGCGGAUUGAGCUUGAUGGUAGCGUUACGUGGAUUCUUAAUGCCGACAAGGCUACCAUCUCCCCUUCCUAUGCAGCUUUGCUCCUUGAUCAAGUUGAUGCUCUUUGGCAAGCUGUUGCAAAGGAUGUGAAGCAGCCAUGUCUAGCCUUGCCAAUGCCGUCCAACCUGACUAGUAUGGCGCCUUGGCAACCACCCACCGUGCCUACGUACUGGAACGUAGCACACUGGGUCGAAGCGUAUCAAGCAAGCUCCUCGGUGGCUGUGGAAAUGCGGUAUGGUGUCCCGGCUACCACCAUUCAAACCCUUACAUACGCCGACCUGUAUACCAAGAGCUCUGCUUUGGCUGGCGCACUUGUGGAGCUCUACAAAGAGGGCAGUGUCGUGGGCGUAUCGCUCUCUCGCAGUGUCGAUACGUACAUCUGUCUGGCCGCUGUGUUACGUGCCGGCCUGCUAUACUUGCCCCUGGACGAGUCUUUGCCACCUGCGCGCAAGCUCCAAUUGGUCCAAGCCAGCAAAGCGGCAUGUGUUCUUACGGACACCCCCACCUCGUGGCCUGAUGAGGUUGUGACGCAUGCGCCUACAUUGUUUUACCUGCAUGCGCCGGGCUCUCGCCCCGUCUCGCUGACGACCCCUGCCUAUCUGCUUUACACGUCAGGGUCGACAGGCGAACCAAAAGGCUGCGUCAUCACGCAUGCCAACUUAGCUUACGCGAUCGACAAUUUCCGCGAGGUCUUUGAGAAGGCUGCUCCAGGAUCAUGGCACGGCGCUCGCAUGCUCGCACGAUCUGCUGAAGCAUUUGACGUACACAUUCUCGAAUGUUUCCUGGCACUUCAAACUGGCGCGACCAUUGUUACGAUGCCUCGCGUGGACUUAAUGCAGGAUUUAGGUUUAGCCAUGGCGGAUGCUAAGAUUACUCAUGCCUGCGUUGUUCCAUCCCUGUUCUACACGCAAGGGCGUCGCGUCACACCACAGGAUCUGCCUACAAUUCGUGCCCUAAUUGUAGGUGGCGAAAAAAUGACCGAUGAUAUUAUCCAGCUUUGGAGUGACAAGGUACCACUGCUCAAUGCAUAUGGCCCUACAGAAGCUACCAUCGGCAUCUCUUGUACACGUGUUCACCCUACAACGUUGGCCUCUGACCUUGGCUAUGCUUUUGCGGGUAACCAAUUUGCUGUGCGCUCCCAAGGCCGCUUGACAUUGCGAGGCGAAGAAGGUGAGUUGAUCAUUCUCGGCACGCAUGUUGGAGCUGGAUACUGGCAAAAGGAAUCGGAGGCCUUUUUCGAUAUGGAUGGACAGCCAGCAUACGCUACAGGCGACCGUGUACGUAUGCGCCCUGACGGAUCAAUCGAGUACUUGGGACGUAUGGGACACACGCAAGUCAAAGUACGAGGAGCACGUGUGGAAUUAGGCGAUGUGGAUGCUGCACUUCGCGAUGCAGGCGCUGCUCACGCAGCCACAUUGCUUCUGUCACAUGCACAAUGGCCAGAGCCACAUCUUGUGGCCUUUCUGGCAGACUCAGCCCGAGUGGACACGGUCCCGCCGGAGCGGAUCGAGAUGGAUCUGGACGGUAUGAAGACGACACUACGUGCCAAGCUAAGCUCGUACAUGGUGCCAAGCAUGCUAGUGCCUUUGACCUAUCUUCCCUUGGCGCGUGUAAGUGGCAAGCUGGAUCGCCGAGCUCUGGAGCAGAUCUACGCAUCGAUAACGCUGGACGACGCCGGCGAUGACGAGCCAUCCACGGAAGCGGAGAAGGCAGCAGCUAUGGCCCUUGCGACGGUGUUGCCGAAUGUGCACGUUGGUGUGCACACAGACCUGUUUGGUGUGGGUCUGGACAGUCUUAAAGCGGUCCGUCUCGCGCGUGCCCUGCAGGACAAAGGGCUCUCUGUGCCCUUGGCAGCCAUUAUGACCUACCCUACCAUCGCGGGGCUGGUUCAAGCGGCUACGACAUCGAAAGAGCGCCAGGGUACGGCCACCUCUACGUCUUCCACAUGGCCCUGCCUUCCGCUUCAAGUGGCUACAUUGUCUCUCACUCUUGCAGAGCCAUCACAGCGCUGGUACAUGAACCAUGUACGAAUGACUCUCGAUUGCGAUACUACAAUGCCUCACGAUGAAGAGACGCGAUGGAAGACUCUUUUGUCGUGGCGAGAGGCUAUGGCUCACUUUAGUAUAUACCGCACAGUGUUCACGUUGGACAAGGACGGUUCACUGGUACAACAAAUCUUACCGACCCUACCUGCGAUUGAGAAACGAGUACUAGCGCCAUGGAGUGAAGAAGAAGCGGCCAAGGUGUCUGACGAUAUCCUGCAAUGCCACGAGACGAUGCCUUUAGUACGUUUGACUCUCUUUGAUGACGUACUUUGCAUUAGUAUGCAUCAUGCUGUAUAUGAUGCUACUUCGUUCAGCCUUUUAUGUGCAGCUGUAGAUGGUGAUCUGCAGCCAGAUACAUGGGCCGAUGUCGUAUACACUGCCUCAUCUACGCUUGAGGAAAGCACGGCGCACUAUACCUCGAUUUUGGAGGGGAUGGUACGAACGCCCAUGCCUGUCGUAACAGGCCAACAUGCUGCGAAAAAGCCGAGUUGCGAGGUUUCUUACACGAUGACGCUACCCGUCCAUGCGUUGCAAAUGUUGGCCCAGGACCAACGUAUUACAAUGCAAGCUUUGAUGUUGCAUGCUUUUGCUUUCCUGUUCUCGCAGUACGUUGGUGAAGACGAUGUGACUUUGGGUGUCGUACAAAGUGGACGUAUGACAAAGACGGCUCAUGAGACGGCUCAUGGGCCCUGCAUUACGACCUUGCCCUUCCGAUGGCAUAACCAUUCAUAUGCUCAGGUCCAUGACCAACUCACAUCGAUGCUGUCGUACCCCUUUGUCCGUCUGAGUGAGGUCGCUCAUCGACUACAUCUGGAAUCAAGUGUGCUGGAUGUGUUAUUCUCGUACUUACCCGCAGGCGACGUACGCUGCCCUCGAGGGAUUGCGUCGAUGGAAAGUACUAUGGCGUCCGACUUCCCUCUCGCAUUGCAAGUGUCAUGUGAAAAAGAGCAUGUCGCUUGCGCAUUGACGUACGGACCAGAUCGAAUGAGUGAGGCACAUGCACUUCUUUUCCUUCAGCAGUACGAGGAUGUGCUACGCCAAGCUCUGGGCGAGGCGCAGGCGCCUCAUCUUGGCGCUUGUGUUCAUCCCACACCGCUAGAACCGGCUGAGUCUGAGUCGUUCUUGCAUCUCUUCCUCUCGCAUGUACAUUCCCAUCCCGAGGCGGAUGCGCUGACGUUUGCUACAUGCCUUGAUCCUCUGAAGGAAGAGACGCUAUCAUAUGCGGAGCUUGAUCGACGCUCCUCGUUGUACGCAUCACAUCUCCAAAUGUACGAUGGCCAAGCUGUAUAUGUCCAUUUGCCACGAGGCAUCGAGCUGUAUGUGGUGUUGCUGGCUACGUGGAAAUUGCACAAAACGUAUGUACCUCUCGAUCCUACAUUGCCUGCGGAACGUCUGCAAUACAUGAUGGAGACCGUUGGCGAUGGAUUGCUGGUAUCUGAUACAGGUCUUGCUGCGCCUUGUGCGUGUGUGGAUAUGGAUGCGUUGCGUGCUACGACAACAAUGUCACCUUGGCCAACGCCUCGCUUGGAUGUGCCAGCCUACAUUCUGUUCACAUCCGGGUCCACUGGUCGUCCAAAAGGUGUGCAAAUCUCGCAUAGAGCUCUGGCGGCGGCUAUUCAAUCAUGGAAACGUAUGUUGCCUUACCAACCUACAUCGCGCAUUUUGCAGUUGGCCUCGCCAGGCUUUGACGUGUCGCUCUUUGAAGUAUGCCUUCCGUGGAGUUUGGGCUUUGCGGUAGCGACCGCGCCCAAAGAAAUGUUGCUCACCGACUUGGAACUGGCAUUCCGUCAACUGCGUAUCACCAUCGCAGAUUUACCUGCCGCUCUCGCGGCGCUCGUUCACCCUGCGAAUGUGGGCCCCAUGGAAUGGCUCAUGAGUGGCGGCGAUAUGUUGGAUGAACGUGUAGUGAAAACAUGGGGGUCUCCGCCUCAUAUGCUUAUCAACGCCUACGGUCCGACGGAGGGCACCAUUGGAAAUACGUUGGGUAAGAUGGAUGCGACCACUCGGCGCUCGGUGGUAGGCAGUGUCUAUCCAGCGACUACCUUGUACAUUUACCAAGGCGAUCGUUUGGCAUAUACGGGCACUGUCGGUGAAAUCGUGGUGGGAGGACCCCAAGUCGGCGAUGGCUACGUCCAUGCUCCCGAAUUGACGGCCUCAGCGUUCCCUAUGCUACCCAACGGACAGCGUGUAUACCGCACAGGCGAUCGGGGACGUUUGCUGCUAGAUGGCCGUGUCGAGUGCUUAGGCCGCAUUGCACGAGGCCAAGUCAAAGUGAAUGGUCAACGUGUUGAGCUGGACGAAAUUGCACAUGCUUUGACGCAGAGUCCAUCCUGGAAAGACAUGAGGGUCGUAGAUGCGAGUGUGUUGUACCUGCAGCAUCCCUCGCAUGCGUCUAAGCAACUCGUGGCCUUCCUUGCCCUUUCCACCGCGCCAAUGGGUAGGCAAGGGGACGUCUCUUGCCGCGAUGAUGAGGAUGCGACGUUGUUGACGCACCAUUGCUUGGCUUAUGCACGACAUCACCUUGCGCCAUACAUGGUACCUACCUACGUCUUUGUACUACAGGGCGCUAUGCCCUUGACGCCUAACAACAAGGUGGAUACCAAACGAUUAACGGAGGCCUACAUGACCAUGGACUUACACGCAUUGCGUACUCGCUCCCUUCGGCCUGCCAAGAUGUCGCCCAUGAUGCAGCGCUUGAUCAAGAUCUUGGCCGACUUUUGCGGUAUGCCCGCUACUGAGCUGGAUCCCACUGCGUCAAUGUACGCUCUCGGCAUUGACUCGCUCUCUGCGUUGCGUCUGAUUCGCGUACUACGAGAGCAUGGAAUCCAGACGACGGCCAGUACACUGCUAACUCAUGCGACGCCAGAACGCCUGGCGUUGGCUUUGGAGCGAGGCUCUCCCGACGAACAAGCUGACGAAGAGGCAUACCAGGCGCUGUGUCGUCAGCACGCCUCGCUUUUGCCGCCUGGAACUUGGCCUUGUACGCCAUUGCAAGCAGGUAUGCUGGCGCAUACCGUCGCUUCGCACAAUGCCCUGUAUGUGCACUUACAUGCUAUGCACAUCGAUGCAGCACCGGAUGUGGUGGAGCGCGCAUGGCUAGCCUUGGUAGCGCAGCACUCUAUGCUGCGUACGACCUUUAUUUCGACGUCUGACGACUCGAUGCCAUGGGUCCAGCAUGUUGCAGAUACGUGGCCUUCUUCUCUGACACGGAUUCACCCUCCUACUACGCCGUCGGCAGUACUGUGUGCGACCGCGCGAGCGGCAUGUCAGUAUGAUACGCAGCCACAUGCUUUGCAUAUGACAGCGACAUCUACAGGCACCUACGCCGUGCUAUCAAUGCACCAUGCGUUGUACGAUGCACAUACUAUCGGUGAGCUAUGGGAUGAUUGGGAUCAGGCGCUACAAGGCCGCACGGUGCGUGCACGCCCGCCGUGGUCUCAGGCCCUUCCACGCCUGUGUACUGGCGCUUCACAUGUUCCUUACUGGCUCGAUACGCUACAUGGAUACAUACCACGACCGCUGGCACCGAUGGGAUGCCCGCCUCUCGCGUGCACGGCUGACUUCCAUACAAACAUGCCGCUGGCUAGUUUGCAGCAGGUGGCUCGUGCGCACAGUAUUUCUAUGCAUACCAUGGUGACGCUCGCUUUUGCAUACCUGCUAGCUGAAUGCAUGGGAUCUGCUGACGUAUGUUUUGGACAAGUGUUGAGCUUGCGUAGCGAGGGCCCAGAUACAGCCGAUGUCCUUGGGCCCAUGCUAAAUACAGUUCCCACCCGGAUCUGCCUAACGCGUACGUCCAUUGCCCAACAAUGGAUCGCUUUACAACGUGCUAUUGAUGCUAGUCGGCCACAUCGACAUGCACCUCUACGAACGAUUGCAACGCAGCAUCAAAGUACACACACGUCGCCGGCCCCUCUCAUUGAUGCGCUACUUGACGUGCAGCGUCACGAAGACACAACGCCAUGGCAACAUAUCCAUCCUGUGCCACUGGACGAGGAGGAUGGUGUGCAGUAUGCACUGAAUGUCGAGGUCAUUCAAAAAGACACGCUUUGCCUAGUCGCUACAGCGCGGCGGGCCUGGGCUGAUGAGGCGCAGUUGCAGGCGCAUCUGCAACGUUUUGCUACUAUUCUUCAAGAGAUGGUCGAUGCGCCAGCGUCGAUGCGCGCCUUGCCGGAGAGUUUCUACGAGAACAUAUCUGCGCCAAUGUCCAUCACGCAUCAUCCAGUGCCGACGAGCAUGGUGGACCAACUUCGCCAACUUAUUGCCGAUGUAGCCCAGGUGCCUUUGGACACGGUGGAGUCUGACACGCCUUUGCUGGCCUUGGGUCUGGACUCUAUUGCCGCGAUCCAUGUACUGGCGCAAGCGCGCGCACGACACAUGUCGUUGCAAGUAAGCGACCUGGCCGGCGGAACGCCCGCUGCGGCGGCGGCCGCAUGGUAUGCGCGCAGUCAAGGGACACUAUCCACAGCGAUACCUCAGAACGAGACGAGUCUCGCCAUGGCGCCUCUGACUGAUGCAUGGCAGGUAUCCAGUGCGACAUGGGAGGCAGUUCGGCCUGUGGCGGCUGGCCAAGCCAUGCACGUGGCCAUGCUAGUGCAAUCCCACUUCCAUUCCGGUCUCUUCUCGCUGGUAUACCAAACAAAGCAUAGGGAAGCAGAUCGCCUGGCUGAGGCAUGGACGCAGCUGCAGCAGCGUCACGAGAUUCUUCGGACGUGGUUUGGAUUCCAUGAGACGUUAGUGCAAGUGGUGGAGUCUCAUACUACACCAUUGCGGGUGACACAGGCGUCUUCAAUGGCCGAUAUCGAAGCCAUUGUCGCGCAACGUGGAACCGUGCAGGAUGCUCAUACGCCAUGGACAUCGGCAGAUUUGGUGCAGCUCGAAGACCAUACCAGUGUGCUGAUUCUUACGUUGUUCCACGCCGUUUACGAUGGAUGGAUGCUUCCAUUGCUCCUCCAGGAUCUAGAUGCGCUGUACCGUGGCGUUUCGCCACGCAGUGUGCCUGGUAUCACGCCGUUGUUGGCAUUGCCUGCGCCUUCUCCUGCUGAUCUUCAGUCUGUGUGGGGCGUCAUGACUAAUGUGCCAUCUUGUUUGCUGGGCGCAACUGCAACGACCUGUGCAACGUAUACGUUUGUACAGCGGAAACGUGUAUUGACAAAAGUCACUUCGGCGCGCCGCUAUGUGGCGCAGCAUCAUGCCACAUGGCCGUCGCUUCUGCUGGCGGCCUGGGCGCACGUAUUGCAAUCCACAUUACAUCAAUCCAACGUGCUCUUUGGCGUUUACCGUGCAGCUCGAACUCUACCCAUUGACCAUGUGGGCGAGCGUGUGAUGCCUACCCUCAAUAUGCUGCCAAUAUGUGUCGAAGAAGCGCCGUGGCACACUAUGGCGCAGGCCGUUGCUCACCAUUUGCAACAAAGUGCUCCGUACGAACAUGUGUCGCUCCCUGCGCUUCAUGCCGCCUUGGACUGGGACACAGCCCCCCGGUUCAACACGUGCGUGAAUGUGCUGUGGAAUGAUGCGAGUGCGACACAAGACGCCGCUCAAGCCACAUGGUCUCCUGUGCCUUUGCUGUCAGACUCUCGUCUACGCGCACCGAAGCGUAUCUUGGAGCAUAGCAACCUAUCGGCAUGGCCAGAGGCAGCCUGCUACGCGACAUCUAUGAUUGCCGUGGAUGCGUAUAUUGAUCAAGACGAAAGCCUCUCGUUGUCACUCCGCUGCCCUGCGAGCGUAGCCACGGAGGAAGAUGCCAUGGCAUGGCUAUCGAACAUGGAAGCCUAUAUACAAGCGGCAGUACAGCACGCCACAGUUUAG